CGGGCUUCCCGGGCGCUGGCGGCGGGCUGCCUCCCUUCACCGCGGGGGCUCUCGUGGGGGCGCGUCCCUGUCCUUGGCGGCCCUCACGUCGCCCUCCUGCCCGCCGGCCGGUCAGCGCGCUGGGCCUGGUUUCCGCUUAGUGUCAACCCGGGUGUGGUUUCCACUACUAGAGAAUGAAACAUGACUGAGGACUCUCAGAGAAACUUCCGUUCAGUAUAUUAUGAGAAAGUGGGGUUUCGUGGAGUUGAAGAAAAGAAAUCCUUGGAAAUUCUCCUAAAAGAUGACCGGCUGGAUAUUGAGAAACUUUGUACUUUCAGUCAGAGGUUCCCUCUCCCGUCCAUGUAUCGUGCGCUGGUAUGGAAGGUGCUUCUAGGAAUCCUGCCUCCACACCACGAGUCCCAUGCCCAGGUGAUGCUGUAUCGCAAGGAGCAGUACUGUGAUGUCCUUCAUGCCCUGGAGGUUGUUCGCCUUGUCAGCGAUGCCACACCUCCGGUUGAAGUCUAUCUCCGCAUGUAUCAGCUGGAGUCUGGGAAGUUGCCUCGAAGUCCCUCCUUUCCACUGGAGCCAGAAGAUGAGGUGUUUCUCGCCAUUGCCAAAGCCGUGGAAGAGAUGGUAGAGGAUAGUGUCGACUGUUACUGGAUCAUCCGAUCCUUCGUGAACCAGUUAAAUAACAAGUACCGAGAGUCUUUACCCCAGCUGCCAAAGGCUUUUGAACAAUACUUGAAUCUGGAAGACAGCCGUUUGCUGAGUCAUCUGAAGACGUGUUCUGCGCUGUCCAGACUUCCUUACGAUCUCUGGUUCAAGAGGUGCUUCGCGGGGUGCUUGCCUGAAUCCAGUUUACAGAGGGUUUGGGAUAAAGUUGUAAGUGGAUCCUGUAAGAUCCUAGUUUUUGUAGCUGUGGAAAUUUUAUUGACCUUUAAAAUAAAAGUAAUGGCUCUGAACAGUGCAGAGAAGAUAACAAAGUUUCUGGAAAAUAUUCCCCAGGACAGCUCGGACGCGAUUGUGAGCAAGGCUGUCGACUUGUGGCACAAGCACUGUGGGACCCCUGUGCACUCAGCCUGAUGGCUUCCGGCGCACGUGGCCUGCUGGGCCACCUUCAGCAGGGACACUGCCUGCUACACUCAUGGAAAAGGCUGUUCUUGCUUUGGUGCUCAGAGCAUCAUUUUUUCCCCAGUAAGGUUGUUUAAGAUACCUGGUGACGUUGUGUUUGGAGCAGCAACUUGUAGUUAUACAGAAGUACAGAGCUCAGCUCUGAACAGCCGUUAAAAAGGUUAUUCCAACAGUACCUCCCCAUUCUCCACACAUCAGCCGGGGAGGGUGGGUGCUUUGAUAGGCAAGUCUGCCCCGCUCCUCUCUAAUUAGCACCACGCUCGUUCCUUUCUAAGGCUAUUUCUGGAAUAAAGAAGAACUUCCUUUUGUUGACAACUCC